CAAGCUAACUAAUGGAGAAUUUUAUAUUUUCCUUUGCUCUUUCAAUCAUAUUAUUAAACAGCUUCACCCUCUCUUUGAAUUCCACCACAGAUAAAUAUGCACUUACUUCCUUCAAAAACUCCAUCACUUCCCUCCCUUAUGCCUUCAAUUGGUCACAAAACACAUCUGUUUGUGAUUGGACUGGUGUAUCGUGCGGCCUCAAACAUGGCCGUGUCACUGCUCUCAAUCUCUCUGGCUACGGCCUUGCUGGAACUGUCGCUCCACAUCUCGGAAACCUAACGUUUCUGAGAUAUUUGGACAUCAGUUCCAAUAGUUUCGCGGGGAUCUUACCCUUUGAGCUCUCUAAACUGCGCCGUUUGAAGGUAAUGAACAUGGGAAUGAAUUCAUUCACCGGAGAAAUACCAACAUGGUUUGGCAGUUUACCUCAACUAGAGGAACUCUAUCUGUUCAACAACACUUUUGUAGGUACAAUUCCUUCAUCUUUGGUUAACAAUUCCAUGUUAAAAACAUUGCACUUGUACAGUAAUCAAUUGAGUGGAUCCAUUCCACAUGGUAUUUUCUCUGUGUCUUCACUCAGAGAUAUUAGAAUUAGAAAUAAUAGCCUAUCAGGUUGGCUCCCAAAUGAUAUGUGCAACAAUAUGCCAAACAUCAAAAUUUUGGUACUUUCUCAUAACCAAAUUGGAGGGCAGAUUCCACCAAAUAUAUGGAAAUGCAAACGUCUCGAGACGUUAUCGUUAUCCUAUAACAAUUUCAAUGGCAACAUCCCGCGUGAAAUCGGGAGAUUGAGGGUGCUUAGAGAGAUGUACUUGGGAUAUGUUGAUGGUUUUCAAGGAGGGAUUCCAAUAGAAAUAGGAAAUCUUUCAAGGCUAGAGAUAUUGCACAUCGACCAUGCUUCUCUAACAGGAGAUAUUCCUUCUUCAAUCUUCAACAUUUCUUCCUUGAGGGUCUUGAAUUUGGUUCAAAAUAAUUUGUCAGGGCAUAUUCCAUCAAAUAUAUGGAAAUGCAAACAUCUCGAGAACUUAGGGUUAGACUUCAACAAUCUCAGUGGCAACAUUCCUCCUACAAUUCAAAAUGCGAGCAUGCUUAGAGAAUUGUACCUGGGAUCCAAUCUUUUCACAGGUGAAUUACCACAAGAGAUUGGCACUCUGCCAAUGCUUGAGAGCUUCAGUUUGUCCGGAAAUUCUUUAUAUGGAUCCAUCCCAUCUUCCAUAUUCAACUCAUCAACCUUGAAGCGAUUGGGACUCUCAUUCAAUGAGUUUUCAGGCAUUCUUCCUUCAGAUAUAGGCCAUUCAUCUAUCAAUCUUAAAGUGCUUCUUCUAACCUAUAACAAACUCAGUGGCCAAAUUCCAAAUUCUAUCAUCAAUGCUUCAAAACUUACCAUCUUAGAGAUUACUGGAAACUCAUUCAGUGGCUCCAUACCCUACUUUGGUAAUUUGAAGUUCCUUCAACGACUUCUCAUCUCAGAAAACAACUUGACUGGAGCGGAAUUUCCAACUCAGGAGUUGACAUUUAUCUCUUCAUUAAGUAAUUGUCGAGAUUUGAAGUACUUGGAUGUAGCAAGCAAUCCACUGAAUGGCUUACUACCCGCUUCACUUUGGAAUUUUUCUUCAUCUCUUCAGACUAUUAAAGCAUCUAACAACAAUAUCAUGGGUGUCAUUCCGCCUCAAGUAGGAAAUUUAACUAGUUUGCUCAACAUAUACAUGGAUGGAAAUCAACUGAGAGGAACCAUUCCACCAACAAUUGGGGAAUUGAAGCAACUCCAAAGAUUAUAUCUUGGUCGCAAUCAAUUGGUAGGGUCUAUUCCUCACGAUGUUUGCAAGAUGAAUAAUUUGGGGGAGUUGAGUCUUUCUAGUAACAUGUUAGUAGGUCCAAUACCUGAAUGUUUGGGUGAAGUCAAAUCUUUGAAAAUGAUCAACUUUGGCUCCAACCUAUUGAAUUCAACCAUCCCUGCUAACUUGUGGUCUCUCACAGACCUUGUGACAUUGAGAUUAUCCUCCAAUAAUCUGAAUGGUCCAUUGUCGUCUCGGCUUGGAAAUUUAAAGUUGAUCAGAUGGUUGGAUUUGUCGGCUAACCAACUUUCAGGUGAUAUUCCCGGCUCGAUUGAUGGUUGCCAAACAUUAGACCUUCUUAACCUAUCAAAUAAUUUGUUUAGCGGACCCAUUCCUCAAUCCUUGGGAAAGGUUAGGGGUUUGAUAACAUUGGACUUGUCUUACAAUAAUAUUUCCGGAUCAAUACCCAAGUCCUUAGAAAGCCUACACUUUCUUGAAAGUUUCAAUGUUUCCGGUAACAAACUGGAGGGAAAAAUUCCAGAUGGAGGUUGUUUUCGCAACUUCAGUGCUUCGUCGUUUUCCCAUAACUUAGCUCUUUGUGGUCUAAUAAAAUUUCAAGUUCCACCAUGCCCGGAAUAUCAUCAUAGAUCAUGGGUAAAGAAACUCAUUGUGCCAUCAGUGAUUUUAGGUUUACUUGUGGAAGAGGUCAUUUUGGUUCUGUAUUUGAAGCAACACUUUCUGAUGGGCUGAAAGUUGCAGUAAAAGUGUUCAACUUGGAGCUGCAAAGAGCGGCAAGGAGUUUUGAUACCGAAACUACUAUAUUGAGUAGCAUUCGUCACAGAAAUUUAGUUCGAGUUAUUGGGUGUGGUUGUAAUAUGGAGU